GUUUCAAAUAAGUUUGAGUUCAGCACAGAUCGCGCGGACGGCGGGCAGAUACAUAUGAAAUGUUUAUUAAUUACGACGACGAAUGCUCGGAUUAUUUGAAAUUGUGCUUGAUUGAUAAAAAAUAUAACUUCGCCGAGUGUCAUAGACUGUUUUUUCGUGAAAUUUGCACAUUUUUGCCGAGUGAUUCUGAUUUUUGUUGCAGCAGGUGGUUUUAUUUGAGAUUUCCUUCAUCCAAACGUCAUCUUUCAACGCCCUGUGAAACUACGUAACUGACUGUGAAUAAUAAAAAUAAGUGCCGCUAGAGUCAAGUCUAGUUAAUUGUGAUUUUAAUUUUAAAGAAAAGUAGUGAUAUUAUGUAUAAUUUGAACGUAGACUUGGCAACGUCGGCCCAAAAUGCCGUCAACAGCCUCCUGGUGGAGAGCGCCAAUUCCACUCCGCGCACACCGGAAAUUCUCAAUUCCCUAAUCGCCAUGACCAAUCCCCUGGACAACUACCCUUUCAACGAUUCCAUCUCGAAGAAAUCCUCAGCCAGUGGACCUUCUUACGGACCGUUCAAUUCCAGCAGCGACUCCAACAGCUCGAGCAGCAGUCAGGUGGAAUCUCCCACAACGAAUCCGCCGAGUGUUCAACAUACCUGUUCCCAAUUAAUCAAAGCGGGACUCAAACUUACGAUCGAACAAAAACGAAAACAUCAAAGCGACGGAGAAGAUCUUCUGGAUUUGGACAAAGCGAAGAAGAUAAAGAAGAACGAAUACAGCGAAUCCGAAGAGGACAAAGUCAAAACGGAAAGCGGAUUGACGCCCGAAGACGAAGAGAGACGCAGAAGGCGAAGAGAACGUAAUAAAAUAGCGGCGACGAAAUGCCGUUUGAAAAAACGAGAAAGAACCGUCAACUUAAUUCAAGAAUCAGAAAUCCUCGAGUCCCAAAAUAUAGAAUUCAAAGCACAGGUACAAGAACUCCAACAACAAAAACACACCCUAUUGGAGAUGCUGUCAAUACACAGACCGCAGUGUCAACACAACAUUGGUCCAGCGACACGUGAACAUCUUUACAGGCUCCCUCCAGUCAAUACGGUUAUGGAGACACAUUCGUAUAGCAGACCCGCCUCGGUAGACCCGAAUUUGUACAGGGUCCAAAAUCCCGAAUUCUCUACGCGACCUUCUAGUGUUUUAAUCAAUCACGUGACAUAUACGAAACCUAAUUUCAGUAAACCGCCGAGUAUAAUUGUAGAAGAGGUAAACGAUGAAAAUUACGAACUUUCCCAGUUUACUAAUCUCGACAGUAGUUACCAGUACAGUCUACCUUGUCAUAAUUAUUCCGGGAAUCAGGGGUAUAAUAAUUCCGGUUUAGAUAACGGAUGUAUGGCGUGAAUCGAUCAUUUCAUCCGAUAUAUAGAUUAUUAGUGUAAAAAAAGUAAUUUUGGCAUUACGUAAAGUUAAUUACCUCUUAAAUCUAAAUCUGCUAGUGGUUUUUUUUUACCUACUUAUUUAUUUUUCCUAUUUUAUCGUGAACAGAGAUUUUUUUUAUAUCAGAUAUUUUAUAAAGAUGCGAAACAAAAAAAAGGUCGUAGUUGUCUUGUGGAUUUUGAUAUUUAGCCCUGCGCUGGUGCACUUCUCGAGCUCCACGAACCUGAGAAGCAGUGGUCCGGGUUAAGCCCCAGGGGUCCACAAGAAACUCUACGCGAAUAUUCGACACUUUUGACGGCAUUUUGUAAUGUCAAGUGGGGUCUAAAAGGUUCUGGGUCCGUGGGUGAGUGACUCAAACUUUCUGGCACUCCAGCACUAGCCUGGAGCGCCCCCCGUGUAUCAACUCAGGGUUAACUGAACCCGAGGUUAUUUUCUAUUUAUUCCGACUGGAUUAAACGUAUUCCGAAACAUUUUUCUUAUUUGUAGUGUAUCUUUUGCCUCUUCUAUUUUUUUUUUAUAACUUAGGUUAGGUUAUUCACCUCAUUGUUAUAAUUUAUAGGUUACCAGAUCUGAAAUGAAUUUUAUUAUUUAGCGAUGUUAAGAUUUUUAAAUAUAUAACUGUGAUAUAGGGUGUUCCAAUCAAAAAAGAAAAAAAAAGAGAAUAUAUCAAAGUAUAAUGGAUUGAAUGGGACGUCCUGUAUUUUUAUUGGUGCAUAAAACGCAUUCCAAAACUAAUAGUUUAUAGUAUUUCUUACUUUCUAUUUUUUAAUUACGUGUUUUAAUAUUAUUUAUAUUGUGGAUGUUACUGCCAAAUUUCUACUUAUUAACUGUGCUAUUUAGUUUUUAAAAAAAAUAUAUUCUUGUUUCGUUUUCUAAAAACUAUUUUUCCAUUUUUACUUACUUCGUUAGGUUAAUAUUUAUAGUUUAAAAAACAACAUAUUUCAUGUACCUCUUCCAUUUUUUUAAUUAUAAGUUUUUUUUUCGAAAAAAAAAUUGUAUUGAAUAUAAAAAAAAGUAAUUUUCGUACCUGUUUUUCAAAACGAACCCAGUUAACUUAUUUACAAUAAUGAACCAAACAACGCAUUUUGAUCACAUGUUCUACAAUGCUAUUCCAUAUGUAGUAAUACUUUUUGCUAGUUGGUUCAUUAUUGUAUCGUAUCCAGUGAAAUUUCGGUAUCACAAUUUAUUGAUACGAAGUGUGAUUUUGUAGGUUAAGCAUUUUUUGAUUCGAUACAUUUUUUUUUAAUAAAUUUUGUACUAGUUACUUAGGCAAUUAUUAAAAAUAAUUCGCUUUAAGAACAUCAUGCUUUAAAAGUAUUUUUCGCUUUUUAAACGUUGGUUUUCAACUGUCACAACAAUUUUAAAAUUUGUUGAAACGAGUGAAAAUAUUUUUUAUAAUGAACUGUGCCUUUUUUUUCAAAUUUAAGAAUCGCACUAGUUCCACAUCAAAAUUUCGAAAGACAACUACUUAAAUUUUUACUAGAAAAAAAAUGUGAUAAAAGAUACAUAAAAAAAUUAUAAAAAUAUCAGGAAAAUUUUUUUGUGCCAUCACAAAGUUAUAUUUUUGUAUAAAAAAAUUUGAUUUUUAGAGAUUUUUUUUAUAUACUUUCUUCCUGUCAAAAGGGCUCUUCCUUAGAAUAUAUUCGCAUGAUUCUUUUCAUGAAAAAAUUUUUUUCUAACUUAAUUCAUUGUUUAUUUUAUAUUUGCAGCAGCAAUCUGAUAACCUAUUAUAAUUUCUAAUCCAAAAGAAUUUAAAAAAAAAUCGAUUUUAUAAUUCUCCAAUGUAUCGUUACAAUAAUGAACCAAACAACACAUUCUGAUCACAUGUUCCACAAUACUAUAUAACAACACUUUCCGCUAGUUGGUUCAUUAUUCUAACUAUGAAAUGAAGUAUUUGAAAAUAUAAUUUUUCAUUGAAAAUGUUUCUAAAAAUUUGAUAUUACAACAAUUAUUUUCAUUUCAUUUUUAAUUUGAUUAAAACUGUUAUUGACAUGUCUGUAUUCAGUACAGGACUCCAAUGUUACUUCUAAAAAGUAGCCCUUUGAAAAUAGAAAUAAAAAUCAUAAAAAUAUUGAUUUUAAUCGCUUGUUACCUACCCAAAUAAUAAAAAAAAACGGGUAAAAAUACACCAUUUAUAAAAAGUUACGAAGUUACAGGGUUGUCAUUUAUAUAAAAUUUAAAUAAGGAAACGAUGCAUCUCGAAAUAUAUAUUUUUUAAUUUAAAGUUUGUCCUAGGACUUCUAAUAAAGUUUGACAACUUCCUGAGCAUGCUGUAUACUAAAACUACACUAGCACUCACAAUUACAUUGUUUCGAUAACCGAAUUAUCAUUUAAAUACUUUUAUUUUUGUAUCUGACGGUGUAUUAAGAUGGCGGAAUUGUCUGUGCUGGUUUAAUAAUAAUAAACAGUGUGUUUAGGUAAGAUUAAGACUAAUAGUUGCAAAAAAAACAAAUUAUUUUUUUUUAAAUAUAAAAAUUUCAUUUCGAACAUACUAAACUUGUAUAUUUUGAGAUAAAUUGUUACAUGAAACGCACAGUUGGAUGAAUAAUAUUUUUUUAAGAUGUUUAUCGUACUACGUAACUUUUUUAGUUGUUAGUAGUAAUAUAAUUUUGUACCUUAUUCACAAAUUGGUUAAAAAUAAACAACAUCAAAAAGA